GGCGUGCAGCAUGGCGGCGGCGCGGCCCCGCCCCGCGGCGCCGGGCGGGAAACGGCGCGGCGCCUCCUCGGGCGGCGCCAUGGAGGCGGCGGGCGGCGAGGAGCGGCAGCUGCUCAUCCAGAGGCUAAAAGCUGCGGUUCACUACACUGUUGGCUGCCUAUGUCAGGAUGUUGCGGAAGACAAAGACAUGCAGUUCAGCAAACAAACCAUUGCAGCUAUUUCAGAGAUCACCUUCAGGCAAUGUGAAAACUUUGCAAAAGACCUUGAAAUGUUUGCAAGGCAUGCGAAACGAAGCACAGUCACUGCAGAAGAUGUGAAGCUUUUGGCUAGAAGGAGCAAUUCUUUGCUAAAGUAUAUCACACAGAAGAGCGAAGAACUUGUAUCAAGUAACAUGGAGCAAAAGGAAAGGAAGAAAAAGAAGUCCAGUUCAGCAAAGGCAGGGAGAACAGCUGAGGAACAAGAAGCAGCUGUGGCUGAAAGUGAAGAUUCCAACAUGGCAUGAUUUUCCUUUCAAGUAACUUCUCUGAUCAUCUUAUUACCCUCGUGCAGUCAGAGAUUGCUCUUGCAGGUUAGCAGCAGUGCUGAAGAUUUAGUCUUUUAGGUGAAUGUGAUUAGUUGGGUUUUUUUUUAGUUCCAAAGCUGAAGACCAUCAGAAUUCAGCAAAGUUUACAGACAAAAAUCACCUAAAUUGCUCACUAAGAGAUAUCUGUCACUAAAAAAAAAUUCUUUAUCUAACAAGUUUAGAGCAAAGCAUUCUUACUUGAGCAUAAGUGCACCUGCCUCUAUGCUGAUACUUAGUUUCUCCGCUAAUUGUGUGACUCUUCCUUGCUUCUGUUGUUAACACUUUUGUUUAGGUAUUUUAAUUUUUUCCCCCCUUUUUUUAGUAGCAUAUCUCUCACCUGUUGUCUUGAUAAUUAAAACCUUUUUUGUCACUUUUUCCUGUGA